AUUAAUUAUAUGAUUACAAUUUUUUUAAAUAAUAACAUAUAUUUUCUUGAAAUAAUCACAAUUAUGAAUUAAAAAGUAUUUUUUGUUUAUUACAUUAUUUAUACUUUUAAAACGAUUGAAAAAUUCAGUGUGAUAAUGUAUAUUAUGAUUAUUGGUAAAUUAUUUUCGUAAAUGUUAGUAAAAAAUCUAAAUAAAAUGAAUACUUGUGCUUGUAACUAUAAAUUCAUUAUUCUUACUUUGAAUUCAAAGUAUUGCCAAAACACAUUUUUAUCUUCACAUUAUAAUUGGUCCAAGUAUCAACGUGUAUUUCUGCCACGAUAUAUUUCUAAUGGUUCUGUUAGAACUGAAAAAAGUCGUUUAAAACAGCUCCUAAUGAAAUCUUUAAAAUUUGGUUCAAUGGCUUUUGGUGUAUCAUUAUUAGCAUUUGGAGGAUAUUUACUAGUGUUUGAAGACGAUGAUUUAGUUCAAAAAGAAAAUAAAAAUAUUCCAUUCGUUAUUAAAAUCUAUGAACGAAUAUGUUUUAGAAUAGAAUUUUAUCAUAAGUUGUUUACAAUUCCUGCAACCAAUAAAUUAUUACCAGAUUCAUUACCAGAUUAUUAUGAUAAACCUCGAUAUACACUUGUGUUAGAAAUUACUGAUCUUCUUGUACAUCCAGAGUGGAGUUACAGUACGGGCUGGAGAUUUAAAAAGAGGCCAAAUGUAGGCUAUUUUUUGGAAAGAGUUGGAAAGAUUUUUGAAGUAGUUGUAUAUACUGCUGAAAAUGGUUAUAUUACUUCUCCAAUAUUAGAUGAAAUUGAUCCUAAAGGUUGGAUUCAGUAUCGCUUAUCACGUCAAUGUACUGAAUUUCGAAAUGGUCAAUUAGUAAAAAAUAUUGAAAGAAUUAAUCGUGAUUUAUCAAAAGUCAUUGUAAUAGAUUGGAAUAUGAGUUGGACACAACUUCAUCCUUAUAACACUCUAAUUAUACCUAGAUGGAAUGGUGAUGAUAAUGACAACUCUCUUAUUGACCUUGCUGACUUCUUAAAAGUGGUAUUUGCAAAUGAAGAAAGAGACGCAAGAGAGAUUUUAAACGAAUAUAAACAAUAUGAAGAUCCUAUAAAGGCAUUUAGAGAAAAUCAAAGAAUAUUAAAGAAAGGAACUAAGGACAAGAAGAAAAAGAAAAUGAAAUAAUUAACAUAGAAGAUAAUAAUAAAUCGUGGUUUUCAUGGAUACCAUGGAUUUAUUGAUGUAUAUUUUAUAUUAAAAACACACAAUACAAUUUAUUUGUACACAAUGUAUGAGUAACAUGUUGAAUAACUUAUAGUAUAUAAAUUUUAAUUAUUGAAUAGAAAUCAAAAGUUAAAUUGGUUAUAACUUAAUAUUCAUCAUGUAUUUUUAUACUUCUAUUUUUAAAUACAAGUUAAUAUCACAAAUAAUUUCAGUUUUUUUAUUAUUAAUGUUUUAUGAACUUGUUGCACUAUCAAGAUGAGAUGGACACUAGGAUUCUAAUGGGAAAUAGGUGCUAUUUUGGCCUAGGGAGUAUGUUUAGCUCAAAAAUCUUGUCGACAAAAUUAAAAAUACAAUUAUACAUAACCCUGAUAAGACCAGUAGUGUUAUAUGGCUCUGAGACGUGGACACUGAGAAAGGUAGAAGAAACAAGACUUGCGGUGUUUGAACGAAAAAUUCUAAGAAGAAUCUAUGGACCAUGUAUCGAUUCUGACACUGGAGAAUGGAGGAUACGCCACAAUGAUGAACUGAAGAACUUAUUUCAAAAACCAGAUAUUAUAUCCGAAAUUAAUAGGAGAAGAUUAAUGUGGGCUGGACAUGCCUGGAGGAAAGAGGGCUCUUUCAUUAAGGCGGUUAUUAAAGAAAAUCCGACUUGGAAAAGACCGUUAGGAAGACCGCGUUUACGGUGGGAGGAUCGUAUCAAAAAGGAAGUUAAAGCAGUGGAACCAAAUACACAGUGGAGAGAAGCUGCAGAGGAUAGGGAAAGAUGGCGACAAAUUUGUUUGCAGGGAUGGUCUUGAAGGCCGUAACCCACAAGAAGAAGAAGAAGAAGAAGAUGAACUUGUUGCACAUACCUACUCAAAAUAUGAUAUUAAAUCAGAUAUUGGAUCGGUGCUAUUAACUAAAUUUCUAUAAUAUGCAUAUAUUGUUAUUAAUUAUUAUUUAUUUCUGAACCUACUAAAUUAUAGUUAUUUAAUCUAACCCUUAUUAUCAUGGGCGCCCAUAAGUAACAUUUUAGGGGGGGUCAAAAUAAAAAAAAUUCUUAAAUGUAAUGUAAUAAAGAUAAUAAUAAUAUUAUGGUAAUAUUUAUUGAGAUACAAGUUUUAAAUAUUUUUUGUCCAGGGGGGGGCAAGUGCCCCAUCUUGCCCCUCCCAAUGGGCGCCCAUGCUUAUUAUAUUUAAAUUGAGUAAUUUUACUAUUAUAUUACGCUAUGGUAUUACCGCCCUGUAUUAAUAGCUCAUGCAGGUGGAUACAUCGAAUAUAAAAAUAUUCAUGUAAGUAUGCAACUCAAUAAUAUAAAUACAAACGAAUCUUCUGUUAUGUAUAAAAUAUACUAUAUAAUAACGA